CAGCGGCGAGGAUAAAGGGGCGACGGAGGCGGCCCGAGUGGGCCAAACUUCAUCGCUUGGCGGAGCCGAGAGCUGGAGCCCCGCUGUAUGGAGGCGCUGCGGGGCUUCGUCCUCAGCACCACGGAGACGACGUUAAUCCAGGGGGAGAAGAGCAGAGCCCCCGGGCCCAACUGCUACCUGUCCCGAGCCAGCAGCAACACGGGCCUGACUGACGCCUUCAAGGCUGAUGGCCUGAUCCUGCCCAUGCCCCUGAAGGACGAGUUGGAGAUUAUCAAGAGUCAAAUGCAAGCCCAGGCCCAGGCCUUCGAAGCCCUGAGCCACUCGCUGUCGCUGCUGGAGCAGGAGAGCGGGCAGCAGCAGCAGAAGAUCCAGCACCUGGAAGAGGAGUUGCGGCGGAUGGGCCCGGAGCGACUGGAGCGGACGCUGGAGCAGCAGCUGCAGGAGCUGCGGUUGGCGCUGAGCCGGGAGCUGGAGGCGGCCCGGGGGCAGCACCGAGACCCCCUGGACGGGCUGGCCAAGGACGUGAUGCAGAGCAAGAAGCUCCUGUGUGAGGAGCUGGAGUUGGUGCAAGGAGAGAUGCGGAGGAUUCACCAGAAGCUCGAGGAGCAGGAGAGCGACAUCACCCGGAACCUAGCGAGCAUCAGGCGGAUGCAGGAGAACCAGGUGAAGUGCCGGAAGAUCCUGACCCAGCUGAAAGCCCGGGAGGCAGCAGGGGCCCCGGAGCCGACGGGAGGCAGCGGCCGGCAGGUGCAGGCGGAACUGAGCCACAUCUGGUCGGCUCUCCGCACCCUCCAGAAUUCCCUGCCCGGGAGCGAGGCCAUGGGGGGCAUGAGGGUGACGGGUCGGAGGAGCCGCCGGCUCCGUCUCUCGGUGGCGGCCACCCCCCCCGCCCACACCCCCCGAGACGUUUCCCCGUAA